AUGUUUGCUGCAAGCCAGGGCACCCAAUUUCAAGAGGUUGAUGGUAGCGCUGACGACAAGCCCAUCUGUGUGCCGUUGCAAGUAAGCGAAAGUGCUUUCGAAUUGUUUCUUUCUGUCUGUUACAAUAAGCCCGAUGUUCUCAAAAUACCCAAUAACACCAUCAUUCAACUACUGGAGCUGAGUGAUAUGUAUCUUUGCAAAGAUGCACGUGUCUACGCUGUUCGUCAUCUCCAGCGCCAACACUACUCACUCGAACCAACACAACUUAUCUCACUCGCAUUGAAGUACAAUAUCAAAGACUUCUUUCCACAUGCUUUCGAGCGGCUCGUUUCAGCUCGCAUCAAUGAUAUAUCUGACGAGGAACGUCACACGGUUGGAUCUAUUGUAUGGAACACAAUGUUCAAAGUCAAGGAACACCUCGAUGUACACCGUCGGAUCAUCACAUGCAAAGCCCCACCCAUGGUGCAUGCAGCAACUUGCAUGAAGCAAACGAGAUGUGAGGAAGACUGGAAGCAGCUGUGGUGGAACAGAAUGGGCAGGUUUUUGCUGGACGGACGAAAUCCACAACCUUACAAGGAUGCUGUUGAACAAUUCGAAAAACUUGACAUUGGAGAGAUCAACUUGGACUGUUGGAAGGCGGUGUUCUAUACUGUAAAAGCUCAAAGCGCUUUUGAUCAUGAGCGGACACUCAUCACUCGUACAGCUGACAAUCUUGCAAAAUGCUUGAUCAUUGAGCCCAGCUUCGAAGAUUUCAGCCAUCCAGUUGAUUAG